AUGACUUCCACCGAACAUGAAAUCGUUCUUUCUCAAAUCGAGACGGAGAGAGAUGUCAUUCAAGCCAACCAUGCCGUCAGUGAAGCCUUUGGACGCCAGGCUAAAGACUCCGUAUGGACAGCCAUGAACCCCGGCUGGGACACCGAAGCUGGUCAAAAACUCAAUGCGGAGAAGAUGAUCAAACAGUGGAAGAACACCACAACCAACAAGGACGGUAAACCGAACACUCUUUUCUUCAAAGCCACAGUACCAGAUCUCGAGAAACAGGGCGACCGAAAAGUUGUCGGUCUUGCUAUCUGGUCUCAGCUUUCCAAUGUCGAAGGCUACGGCGACAAGUUCACUGGGGACAUGUCAGAUUCGCUUGCACGUCUGGAGAACGAUACAGACAGACGCUUUGCAGAUCAGAUGUUCCGCUCGCUGUUCAAGAGACGAAUCUCAUACAUGAAGGAAGUCGAGGCGUCAGGUCGAAAUCCUCCAGCAAUUUUCACUCUGGAACUAUGUGCCGUUCACCCGGAAUAUCAGCGCCGUGGCAUUGCAGGCAGGUUGACGCGGGCCGGUCUGGACGAAGCGAAACAGAGGGGCAAUCUGGAAUGUACUACGGAAGGAAGUGCUAUGGGACGUGCGGUUUACAGGAAGUUGGGCUUCAAGGAUGAGGGCGUAGGUGACAUUGACUGGGCAUCUCAGCGGCCAACUCCGCCAUGGUGGACCUAUUUGCCCCAUCAUUCUUUCCUGCAUGAGGAAGGUGGGAUGCAAUGUUUGGAGGAGUGGGGCAAGAGCUCGAAGCUACCCCGCCAAAGGCUGAAUGACCAUGAUAACACUCACACCAUUGACAAACCUCCUGCUUGGCUGAACCUCACGACAAGAGUGUCAAUUUCUCAUGAGCAGGGCUGCAGUGAGCUGUCAAACGGAAUUUCUCAAAAUUGGCGUCAAGGACAAUCCACAACCGCCACGAUGCCAAUUGUCGAUAUACAUACCCAUGUCUACCCUCCAAAGUACAUGGAGCUCCUCCGCUCCAGAGACACAGUACCAUAUGUUCGAACUUUCCCCGAUGCUCCUGACUCCGCGCGUCUGAUCAUUCUCCCUGGUGAAGAUGACCCUUCCACCCCCUCAACAUCACGUGGCCGCCCGAUUGGAUCCGAGUACUACGAGAUCAAAGAGAAGAUCGCAUUCAUGGACCUGCACAAGAUCGACAAAUCCGUCAUCUCGCUCGCAAACCCAUGGCUUGACUUCCUCCCCAAGGAAGAGGCAGGCGCUGCGGCGAAAAGCAUCAACGAUGAUGUGAACGACCAGUGCUCGCAGUAUCCAGGUCGAUUGUACUUCUUUGGCACGUUGCCGCUUUCGGCAUCGACGGAGGAUAUCGUCAAGGAGAUUGAGAGACUGGGUACGUUGAAGUAUGCGAGGGGUGUCAUCAUGGGUACUUCAGGUCUGGGCCAGGGUCUCGACGAUGAGAAACUCGACCCCGUUUACGCUGCGCUGGAGAAGCAUCAACAACUCAUCUUCCUGCAUCCACACUACGGUCUACCAGCCUCUGUCUAUGGACCUAGGGCUAGCGAGUAUGGACACGUUCUGCCCCUUGCGCUCGGCUUCCCCUUGGAGACGACAAUUGCGGUCAGCAGGAUGUUGUUGAGUGGUGUGUGGGAUCGCUUCACGAAGCUCAGUGUUCUGCUUGCGCACUCUGGAGGCACGCUUCCAUUUUUGGCUGGAAGAAUUGAGUCGUGCAUAUUGCAUGAUGGGCAUCUCAAGAAGCAUGGAAAGACCGAGAAGCGGAGGGAUGUGUGGGAUAUCCUCAAAACUAACAUCUACCUUGACGCUGUCAUCUACUCUGAAGUCGGAUUGAAGGCUGCGCUUGACGUGUCUGGUGCGGACCGAUUACUGUUCGGUACUGACCAUCCGUUCUUCCCACCGCUCGAGGAAGAGGCGAAGGAGUGGCACAGUGUCAACGCAAACUAUGGGGCCAUAUCAAAAGCAUUCGCGACCGAUGACAAGAAAGCGCAAGAUGUCCUUGGAGGCAAUGCUGUCCGUAUACUCCGACUAGAUUAGUAGCUUGUACAAGAUGAUACGACUAACACACAUUGGGGACUGAAAUUCCUCUAAGACUUUG